AUGGAAUAUGUGGAGAGUAAUUUUGAGCAUGCCGGAGAUUAUGAAGACAGACGUAAAAGUGGUGUCUCUCUGCCGGUAGCGAAUGGAAAAUCCUCGGACUCGGCGGAUGGUUCUCAAAGGAGACGGUCUCGUGAAAUCUAUGCUGGAUACAAUCAAAUUAGACCGAGCAAAGCUCGCCCCGAUGAACGCUCAGCGGUGGCAGAUGGGACUACAGCAGAAGUGCCUGAUGUCCUGCACUCAACAACACGGGCGAAUGAUGAGUUUAGAGUCGCAAAGCCCCAUCGGACAAAAAGGACAAAUGCAAAAGGGUUACCGAUUGCCAUGAACAAGAGCUCCCAGUUAUCCGAGGAAGACAUUUUCCAGCUUCUGAUCAAUAGACUCAAGGUGCGUGAAGAGAAUGAAGCCGCUGCAACCAACAUCCAACGGCAAAUGGAAACACACAUCGCGAAACUGCAGGAAGAAAACAAUGGCCUGAAAGCUGAGCUUGAAACGCUUGGUACUCAACUUGAGGAGCAGUCAGCGGAAGCAAAAACGUACCGAUCCAGACAGGAACUAUGGAAGAAAAAACUGGCUAGGUUCAAAUAUUUCCUGAAUGAGCUUGGCUCCGAUUACAAAAAUAUUCGCGGCGAUGCUAUCCAGCUUAGGGCAGCUAGGGCCGCCUGUGACAAGGAGAGAAAAAUCAUUGCAGAAGACAUUUUCGAUCUCAAGUCACGACUAGCUCAGACGACUAGCUUUGUCAACACGAAUAAGAGUCGCUCUACGGAGCUGGAGAAUAUGAUUGUCCUGUUGCAGAAAGAACUCAAAAAUUCCGACGAGAAAGCGGCCUAUACCCAGCAGCAAUUGUCCAAAGAGUUCAAGAGGAACGCGUCUUUGGAGUCAUACAUUCGAUCCCAUUCAAUUCAUCAAGCAAAAGGAUUGGAACUUGUUAGGUCCGGUCAGCUUGAGACAUCGCAGAAGGUUGAAUCCGCGUUUGAACGUAUACAAAUUGAAUGGGCAAGUUCUCAGAGAAAUGUCCAGUCAGCACUUGGUCGUACACUGGAAGAGUGCCUCGAUCUGUUGAGAGGCAUGAAAGACGAACGCGUUCUCGAGCGGGCAGAUUUUCAAAGGUGUCACAAAAUUGCGAAUGAAUUCACAUCCCAAAUGAAUUCGAUAACUGCACGGCUGACAGAAGAAAUCGACCGAAGCACUAAUGUGAAUGAUGACACUGCUAAUACCUUGAAAGAACAACUUCAAAUCGCUUAUCAUACUGUGGGAACGGGGUCAACGCUGCUGGAGAAGCUCAGAGAGAAUGACGAAUCUUUCCGCUCAAUGCAACAAAGAUUAGGAGAUUUUAUGCUGAAUGUCGAAGAAGUGAAACAGUCCCUUUCAGGGUUUGAGUUACAAGAGACCUGCCUGGUCAAAGAAAUGGGACGUCUCGGGGAAAGAAUUUCUGAAGUCAAGAUCCCUGACAAGAUUGAAACCUUUCCAGCAGCAGGAUACGUCAGCAUUGAGGAAAAGCAAGAUCUCGAGGGGAUCAUUGAAACUCUACGUUCGGACUUAUUGCUGACUGGGGAGAGUGUGGAGGCCAAAGACACAGAGAUUGAAACUUUGAAAUUGUCAAUGUCGACAAUUACGGAGAAACUUCUACAAGAAGAGCAACGGACCAUUCAAGUCAUAGCAGAAUCCGAUGACUUGAAGCAUAAGCUCGAAGACAUGGAUACCAAAGUUCGGGAGCAGCUGAGUAGAGCUAGCGUCAUUGCUAGAGAUCAAACAAAAGCAAAGUUCGAACAGCAAAUGCACCAACUCUCUCGAGGGAAAGCCGACCUUGAGAUACAUGUGGAGAAAUUGCAGGAGCAGCUGCGUGACGCCCAAAAGAACUUGGAGGAAAGCAAAGUUUCAGCGAAAAAGGAGCGCGAGGAUCUCGAAUGCCUGAUGUUAAAAAAAGAGAAACAGAUUCACAGCUUGGAAAACUCUCGUACAGAUGAUGCCACCAAGCUGGCAGAGAAAGAGGUGGAGAUAGAAAAGCUUCAGGAGUUAGAGACGACGAACGCAUUAGAGCAAGCGGACCUGCAGUUGAGGCUUGAGGUUGCCAACAAAAAGAACUCUGAUCUUGAGGCUGAACUGGCCGAAAUAUCCGACAAAAACCUCGCGUCAUCAAAUGACCAACAAGACAGGAUUGAGUCUCUUCAGAAAGAAACAUUGAAGCAGAGUGAAAUGAUUGAAGGCGUUCAGAAGGAGCUUGAUGAUGCAAACGCUACCAAAUCAACCCUUGAAUCGGGUAAGGCCAAAGCUAAAGGUGAAAUACAUGCUUUGCUUCGAAGGGUCCAAAAUGCCGACGAAUGGAUGAGAAAGAUUAAGGAUAUGAUUAAGAGCACCGGUACUGCUGUACCAGAUGAGCCAUUUGAAGAAACUUUGACUCGUUUGGAGAAGCUCCUGCCAUCAAUUAGGGCCACCAAAUCUCGCGACACCCCAUCAACGCACCAACCCAAUGGAACUACUGUUGGCAUGACCCCCAAUGCUGCAAAGAACAUCGUUUUGGCUUCAUCGCCGAUGUUGGGAGGAACCGCCGGACAGGACUUGGUUCAGACAACGGAGGUGAUAUAUCGGACGCAGAGUGUCCAAAGAAAUGUGGCCUCGAUGUCAAUGGAGAUGAACAAAGUUGGUCCUGACUGGAUCAAUGGCAGGACUGCGUGCGUCCCUGAUUCGCAGCCGAGUAGCAUCGUGCCAUUUUCAAGCAUUCGUCAGCAGCUGUCACCGGCCCCUUGUUCGACGCCAGACAGCUGCGACAAAGGUAUGGCGGCUCUAUUUGGUACUAUGCCAGAUAAGGCGACACCAGGGUCGGCAUCAGCUGGAAGAAACGGUGAAACUGGUGAGGGCUUUCCGACGCGUGAAGAUCAUGAUGCUUCUGAGUCAAAUACCAAACCAGUCGCCAAUAAGAGCAACGGACAAGAGGCAACCUUGAAGCCAAAGGCAGUGACCUUCACAGCAAGCCAACCAUCUCCAGGCGGAGAACGCCACCGCUCCCAAAAUGGAGCAUCAUCUCAGAGUGGAGAGACCGAAAAACCCCGUCCUCGCGCCAAUCGACGAACGUACAGCAAGAUACGACAGUCUGGCGCGAGUGCUUCUGCCAGAUCUCAGCCGCAUAAUGCAUCGCCGGCAGUCUCUCGCAACUCUUCCCACCUUGAUAACCUGGGCCCCAUCCGGAUCAAGAAGACGAAGCAUUCGCACGAAAGCACGCCGAAGGGAGCGCAAGCGGUACCGGAAUAUUUGGAACGCAAGGCGAGCCCCGCCAAGCUCGCCUCGGGGAGCAGCAGGCCAGGUUCUAUAAAUGAGAACCAGAGCAGCCAGAAACCCCCGGGUCGAAUGGCAAGGGGGCGGAGAACACGCGGUGCCCGAUACAACGCGCGGUUCAACAAGGAAAACUAG